AUGGAAAGCUCUAAAUCUUUGCUAAUUGCACUAUUGCUAACAAUAUGUGCGGUUAUCUUCCAACUGAUUGGUUUGGCGUCACCUUACUGGAUAUUUCUUGAUUUAAAGAUAGCCAAAGCAAACGCUGGUUUAUGGAAAGCGUGUACCGAAACAGUUUUGACUGGAAACACGAUAUGCAGUGAUGUGGAACUUACAGAUGACGACUGGCUCAAGGCAGUCCGAGCAAUGAGCAUCCUUGGCUUUCUGGUUUUAGUGGUACCAGUAAUCAUGGUAGUAUUAAAACUGUUUGUUCUGAAAGACAAGAAACCAAUUUUAUUGGUAGCAAUAGGCACAGCAUUUGUUGGAGCGGUGUUUAUCCUGAUAUCAAUAGCAGUGUAUGCCGCCAAAACAAACGACUUGUACAAAAACAUAGACUUCAACUACCACUUUGCUUUCGCCUUCAGCAUCAUAGGAAUGAUAGCGGCGAUCGGAGCAGGUGUCGUCAUGUUGGUAGAGAGGGUGAAACAAUAACUUGUCACCAUUCUCCUUAUUUCUAAACCACUAGUUCAGGAAUAGUAGCAUUUUAGUUUCAGUACUAAUAAAACAUUUAUAGCUUUAUCUGUUAGAUAUAAUUCAGUUGCACAUGUAUUUUUGUAUCUACUCUACAACAUAAUUUAAAAUUGUAGAUUACUAAUCAUUGUUCAUUGUAUUU